AUGGGGCUGGCUGAAGAUUGCAUACAAAGAGCUCAAUGUAUAGGGUGCAAAAAGAUUUUUAAAUCAGGGGAUAAAACACAUGGAACAUCAACACUGAGACGAUAUAUGAAAUCAUGCCAAUUGUUGAAAAUUCACUUUCACGAUAUAGGUCAAAUGAUUUUUGAUGUUGAUGGAAAAAUUAGGUCUAAAAAAUUAGAUAUAGAGCUAGCCCGUGAGGUGUUUGCUUCUGCGAUUGUUGAACAUGAUUGUCCUUUUGCAUUUGCUGAAUAUUCUGGUUUUAGGAAGUACCAUAAACUUCUCAAUCCUGAUGCUUCAGUUCUUUCUAGAAAUACUAUGGUUUCUGACAUUAACAAGUUAUAUGUGAAGGAGAAAUAUAAACUUCGACAAGUGAUGACUAGUAUUCCAAAUAGGAUUUGCUUGACUUCUGAUUUAUGUACUUCUUGUACUACUGAAGGAUACCUAUGUUUGAUUGGUCAUUUUGUUGAUGAGAAAUGGAAAUUAAAGAGUAAAAUACUUGCGUUUGAAAAGAUGCCUCCUCCACACACUGGUUUUGAAUUGACACAAAAAAUAUAUGAAAUCUUGAAGGAUUGGGGGAUUGAAAAGAAGGUGUUUUCUUUGACUUUGGACAAUGCAAGUAAUAAUGAUAGUAUGCAAGAUAAAUUGAAGGAUCAAUUGACUAUGCAUGAUAGUUUGUUGUGUGAGGGGGAGUUUUUCCAUAUUCGCUGUUCAACUCAUAUUUUGAAUUUGAUUGUCCAAGAAGGUUUAAAAGUUGCCAACCAAAGUAUGCAUAAAAUUAGAGAAUCUGUGAAGUAUGUCAAAAGUACUGAAAGUAGGAUGCAAAAUUUCAAGAGUGUGUGGCUGAAGUUGCUGGCGUUGAUACCUCAAUUGGCUUACGUUUGGAAAAUUGAAAGGUUGUUGAAAGCCGGUUUAAGUGAUGAAGACACAUUGAUGAGUGGAAUGUGUAAAAAGAUGUUAGAAAAAUUUGACAAGUAUUGGAGUGAAUAUAGUGUAGUGCUUGCUUUUGGUGAUAUUCUUGAUCCACGGUUUAAGUUAAAAGUAUUGGAGAAACUCUAUGCUAAGAUUGAGACAGAUCCUACUAAAUGCAAAGAAAAGAUUGAGUUGUUGAAAACAAAGCUUCACAAGCUUUAUGAUCAAUAUGCGAGUGUUAUUGGAUCAAGUUCAUCACAAUUACGUUCUUCAAAUGUCACGCACUCAAAAGUGGAAAGUCAAAAAGUAGUGACAACGUUGGGAAAAAAGAUGGAUAUUCUAGAUGUCACUGAUGAAGUUGUUACACCUGUUGAAAUUUCUGAAUUGGAUCGAUAUCCCAUACUUUCACGCAUGGCGCGUGAUCUUCUGGCAAUUCCUAUAACUAUUGUUGCAUCGGAGUCCGCAUUUUCUAUUGGUGCACGUGUUCUCACAAAGUAUAGAAGUUCUUUGUUGCCAGAAAAAAUGCAAACUCUUAUUUGCACUCGUAAUUGGUUGCAUGGUUUCGAACCAGAUUGUGAUGAUGUUGAUAAAGUUGAGCAAGUAAAUGAAGGAGAUGAAGGAGAUGGAGCAGAUGAAGGAGAUGAAGUAGAUGAAUGA